CUUAUUAUUUUAUACAGCACUCGCAAGCAUUUAUCAUUUGUGCAAACAAUAACGCACAACGGUCUGCAGUUGUGGAGCCACAUAAGUUGCGGAAACAUCACUAAUAACAAUUUUGGUUGCUAUCCACACACAUCACCCAAAGACGCCAUCAUGUCCGCACGCAAAACCGCCGGCCGUCGUGCUACAACCAAAAAACGCGCCCAGCGUGCCACCUCCAAUGUGUUCGCUAUGUUCGAUCAGGCACAGAUAGCCGAAUUCAAAGAAGCCUUCAAUAUGAUUGAUCAAAAUCGUGAUGGGUUUGUGGAGAAGGAGGAUCUUCAUGACAUGCUGGCUUCGCUAGGCAAAAAUCCCACAGAUGAUUACUUGGAUAGCAUGAUGAAUGAGGCGCCGGGCCCCAUUAAUUUUACCAUGUUCCUAACGCUGUUCGGUGAGCGUUUGCAAGGCACUGAUCCCGAGGAUGUGAUCAAGAAUGCCUUCGGUUGUUUCGAUGAGGAGAAUAUGGGUGUGCUGCCCGAGGAUCGCCUGCGUGAGCUGUUAACUACAAUGGGCGAUCGCUUCACGGAUGAGGAUGUUGAUGAAAUGUAUCGCGAGGCACCAAUUAAAAAUGGCUUGUUCGACUACCUCGAAUUUACACGCAUUCUAAAGCACGGUGCUAAGGACAAGGAUGAGCAGUAGUAUUCCACCUUAAUGCCCAAACUGCAUACAUGAUUUAAUUUUUUUACUCGCUACCCUUUUGUGUACUUACUAAGCAUUUAGAAUUAUGUAUGCAUUGUAUUAUGAAGCGCCUUCACUGUCGUUGAGCUGAUAACAUACUUUCCCGAUUUUUAGAAGUAUUAACCCAUUUUAAAUUUACCAACUCCAAUAUACACGUAUAUAUAUUACGAUAUUGUGGCAAUAAAAUAUGUGAAUUUAUAUA